UGUGUACGACUAGUUUCUGCGAUGAUUGGAUGGAGGAUUGUGCAUUGAAAAUUAUCAAACUGGAGCUGUGUUUGAUAGUAGCCUGCGGGGACUGAGGGGCAGGCGAUGCAGCAGAAUGGUGCCUUCAGGUUCCUGCAGUUUUUGUGUGCGGGAUUAGCCGCUGCUUAGCAUUGUGUGCAGACGCAGGGCGCUCACACGCCUGCCAGCCGCGUCAGGUGGAUGCGCCUGUGGUGAUCCAGGUCGCCCCUAUGGAUCGCGUCCAUGGAUGUCUUCAAACCCGCUUUGGACAAUAGUUUGAGUCCCAAGGCGUGCGUUUCCUCAUCGGAAGAAGCAGAGGCAGAUGUUUUUCGCUGGCCGACACCGGAGAAUGGCAUCAGCGCCGCGCCGGGUGCAGGACCCGCAGCCACGGGCUUCUGGACGGCUGUGUUUGACUAUGAGGCCACUGCGGACGACGAGCUCAGCCUGCGGAGGGGGGACCUGGUGGAGGUCCUGUCCAAGGAUUCCCUGGUGUCAGGAGAUGAGGGAUGGUGGACCGGUAUGAUAGCAGACCGGGUUGGCAUUUUCCCAUCUAAUUAUGUCAGCAAAGGGAAAGGCAUUCCGGAGGAGAUCCGGGACCCCUCAGAGCAGCAGUACUCAGUGCCUCCUCUGCACCUCCUGGAGAUUGAUUUCUCAGAGCUCACCCUUGAGGAAAUCAUCGGUGUUGGUGGUUUUGGAAAAGUCUACCGUGCUGUGUGGCAGGGCACAGAGGUGGCAGUGAAGGCAGCACGACGGGACCCCGAUGAAGAAGUGGAACAGACUCUGGAGAGUGUCCGGCAAGAGGCCAAGCUCUUUGCCAUGCUCAACCAUCCCAACAUCAUGGCCCUGCUGGGGGUUUGUCUGCAGGAGCCCAAUCUGUGCCUGGUCAUGGAGUUCGCCCGGGGCGGCCCCCUGAACCGGGCCCUCGCUGGGAAACGCAUCCCUCCAUGUACGCUGGUGGACUGGGCUGUGCAGAUCGCCAGGGGGAUGCACUACCUCCACAACCAGGCCAUCGUCCCCAUCAUUCACCGGGACCUCAAGUCCAGCAACAUCUUAAUCCUUGAGAGGGUUGAAAUGGAAGACCUCAGCAACAAGACUCUGAAGAUCACAGACUUCGGCCUGGCUCGAGAAUGGCACCGCACGACCAAAAUGAGCGCCGCCGGCACCUAUGCCUGGAUGGCUCCUGAGGUCAUCCGCUCAUCGACUUUCUCCAAGGGUAGCGACGUUUGGAGUUAUGGUGUACUGCUGUGGGAGCUGCUGACAGGUGAAGUACCUUUUCGGGGAAUCGAUGGUCUUGCUGUGGCAUAUGGAGUGGCUAUGAACAAACUGGCUCUGCCCAUCCCCUCAACUUGCCCUGAGCCUUUUGCACGUCUUAUGGAAGAUUGCUGGAGUUCAGACCCUCACUCUCGGCCACUGUUCACAACUAUUCUGGACCAGCUGACGGCCAUCGAGGAGUCAGGCUUUUUUGAGAUGCCAGUAGAGUCCUUUCACUCACUGCAGGAUGACUGGAAACUAGAGAUUCAGGAAAUGUUUGAUCAACUGCGCACCAAGGAGAAGGAGCUGCGAUCGUGGGAGGAGGAGCUGACCAGAGCAGCGCUGCAACAGAAGUGCCAGGAAGAAGCGUUGAGGAGGCGUGAGCAGGAAUUAGCAGAACGGGAGAUCCACAUCCUGGAGCGAGAGCUCAACAUCAUCAUUCACCAGCUCUACCAGGAGAAACCCCAUGUGGAAAGCAGGCAGGGCAAGUUCCGCCGCAGCCGCCUUAAACUCAAGGAUGGAAACAGGAUCAGCCUGCCCUCAGAUUUUCAGCAUAAAAUCACAGUACAGGCAUCACCGUCACAUGAUCGCCGCAGGAGUUUGCUCAGCAGCAGUUCGAGUCCUCCGACCAGUCCUCCGAUGUUGCCCCGCCUCAGAGCCAUACAAUUGACGCCAGGAGAUGGGUGUACAGCCUGGGGUCGUAACACAUGCCUCCAGCAGGAUGAGGAGGAUGGUGAAAGGAAGGGGUCCAGGAAGAAGGGCAGGUCCCGUGGGUGUGGGCCGCACAGGGAGCACAGCGCUGAUGCCAGUGUAAAACCUGCCCAUGAGGGGACCAGGCAACGGUCCUGCAGUGCCCCAAACCUUCGCAGAUCUCCAAGACACAGUCCAGCAGUGCCUGGAGUGCCAAGCCUUGUGGAGAUGGAAAAUGAAGACUGCUGCUUCACUGCUGAGACAGGAGCAUCUCCUGGUCAGUCCUACCUCUGCAUCCCCUUUCAUAAGGAGGGUCCCUCUGCUGCUUCCGGUGAUGCUGACGGAGACGAGUACUGUCCCAGUGGACAAGCACCAGGAACACCACCAUGCAGGAAGAGCCCUGGAGGUGGCCGGCGCUCUGAUCUGGUCCUGCUGGGCUGUGGAGCUCUGCUGGCAGCUGUCGGACUGGGCUAUAACCUGUUAACUUUGGCCCAGCCAGAAGAGAGCGUCAAACCCCGAUGGGAGAGCUUCUUCCACAGAUCAGGGGGCCAAAGGCGGAGCACCAGCCCUCCAACUCGCAGACUAUUCCGGCGGGAAAGCCCUCUGAAACCCCCAGCACCCUUGCUGCCAGAAAAAGGCUUACCUUCCACUUAUACCCUUCUGUCCUUAUCAUCCAUAUCUGACUGCAACUCCACCCGCUCCCUGCUGCGCUCUGACAGUGAGGAGUUGUUAGUCUACCGCCCUGCCUCCCCUCGUGCACAGCCUCUGUCACAACCCCCUCAAACACCAAUCAACCCACUGGUCAAUACCCACUUGGAAAGUUUCAAACGUAACCCUCGCCAGUCUCUAACACCCACACAUAUACCUUGUGCCCCAAGUUCUUCUCGUAGCUUGCGUCGAACACCGUCAGAUGGAGCCAUCAAAAAGAGUUGCCCUCCCAAUAACCUCGAGCCAUUACCAGAGAAAACAACAUUAGAAAACACAGGUGGCUUCAGAGGAUUUAAAGAAGACUGCACAGAGGUCCCCCGGCUCCCCAAUCCCAAUAUGGUGUUCCCACCCACACCACGUCGUCGCUGUGCUCCUGAACGCCCCAAAACCCUGGACUUUGUGGCUCGUCCACGGCCUUCACCCCGGGCCCGCUGUGAUGCAUUUUGGGCAGAGACAAGGCCUAGAGGAAAUGGACAGACCCUUGGUAACGGCGAGUCCCCCGCCCACACCUCCAGCACAGAGACUCCUCCAACCGUAGAGUUUGGAAGAGAUCCAGCCGUGUUGCCCACCCCCAUGGAGGCCCCAACACCUUACUCCCCACGGAGGAAUCAGAACCUGUUGGAUCAGCUGGAUGAAGGACAGUGCAAGGAUGGGACGGUCCCGCUCUGCAGACCUGAGAUCAGCUUUCCCAAAGACUCACCUUACCGAUACAGGCCUGGAUUCUGGUCCUAACUCGGCCCCCUGGCUCAUUUGCAAGUUUACACCACUCCAACACAAGGACUGCUGGUUUGUUACAGAUCUGAGUCAAACAGAAUUUCCAAAUUGUUCUUGGAAUCUGUUUUAAACUUUAAUCAGCAGUCAGUGAAGGGGGUCCACCUUUUACUCAAAUACAAUUUGUUGCCUAAGAUACAGGAAGACAUAAAAAUUAAAUGUUCUUACUGUGAAUACUUUACCUUUUGACAUUUGUUGCAUUCAUGAUAAAACCUCCAAUGUGGCAUCGAAAAAACAAACCGUUGAAGGUAUGUUUUGGCUGAAUUUUGGAUGUUAAGUUAAUGCUUGGUUUUUCUCCCUGUCAUAUUUCAUACCAGAUGUGGGAAAAGACAGAUGUAAUGAUGUAGCUAUAAUCUCAUUGCAAAAUGGAAAUGACAGUUUCACAAAGCUUUACAUACUUUUAUUACUUUACAUUACAAGAGUUGAAGAUUGUGCAUUUAUUGAAGUGCACUUGUGGAAAGCAUCAUGAAUGUAAAGCUUCAGGUUUUUUUCCCCCACUGUCAAAAUAUACUGUCAGAUUAUUUGUAGUCUGAGUCUUUCACUCAUGUGCAACUGGCUGACAAAGGCCUUUUUUGUACUGAACACCUGUCAUCACCAAACAUAUCUAUAGACUAAUAUCCCAUAAACAGGGGAUGCUGUUGUAUAAUAGGAGCACUUCUUUGCAUUAGAAAAAGCCCACAGUCUUGAAACAUUACCCAUACAGCAAUAUUAAGUGCUGUGAAUUGUAUUAAAACAAAGAAUGUCACCACUGGGUUUAAACUGGGACUGAAAUGUUCCCAGAAAGUCACAAGGAUUUUAUCAGAGGCCACGAUAAAUUCCUAUCAAGUCUGUUGUUUUUUUGUGUCCAUGUUAGAGGAGCUUGUUUGACUCCUGACCCACCAGUCGACAAACAUGUCUCCAAACUAAAAGGGAACAUUGUGUUUGUAACUCUGUAAAUUGUCUGCCUCAUAAAUUGUUGAUCAAGAUAAGAUGCAGGUUGUAUGUUUUAGAAUAUGUUAAGUGACAAACUGCAUGAGUGUUGAACGGCACACGGGUGAAGCAGGCCCUGGUGGCAUGUGGAAGUUCAGCCCUCAUCAUUUAUAUUUGUAUUCAUUUAUUGAACUGUAUUUAUUGAUUAAUUUAUUUGAUGGUUUAUUUUUUUAAUCAACUGACUUUGCCUUUAUUUUUGACACACUUAACUGCUGUUCAUUCAUACAUUUAUUUAAGGCAUCCUGUGUUUGUUAUGCAGAGAAAUGCUGAUUCCAAAGGUGCAACGAUCAUGUUUCAUGACAUUAGCCACAUUCAACUUGUCAUACUUCUUUUUUUUUAAUUUCUUCAUUUUUGUUUCAGUUUGGAAAUAGCUGCAGUUUUAUAGUCACAAUUGUAUUUCAUUUUAUUUAAUGCAUACAAUUUGUGUUUUGCAAAUUGCUUCCACAUUUUACUUGUAUUUCUGUGGACAACACUGGUGCUAGAUUAUUAUUUUCAAAUGCUUUCUGUGGUUUAACUUGAAAUGGCACAAUUCAGCCGAACACGUUAAAGAAUAGAAAUUUCCUUGAAAAUAAUAAAUAGAAGCAUUAUCUAGCGCUGGUCUCAAUGCCUGUUCCCUUCAUUUCAUUUCCAUAAUGCAAAAUGUCAAGUGGCCUCUCAGCCUGGAGUACUCCAUCCACUGAGAAUUGAUCCCCCUUUGUCCUUAGCGUGGCCCGAUGUAAAUGUAAUGUGAAUGCUUUUUUUUUUUUUUUCUCUGAGAAGUGUGCAGAAUGUGAUCAUGCUCUAUGUACAAACAGUAUUUCAACUACGGGUGCUAGUUGAAACAAAGCUCCCCUUCUGAGGUGUAGCCAAAGUGUCAUUACCUGUUGGAAAUGUUACCAUGAAUAAGCUGAUCUUAGAGUUGCUGAUGGGUUUGGAACAAUACUGUAACUGAAUGACUUGUAUUUGCACUGGAACACACUGAUUUGAGUAAAAUCAUAAGAUCAAAAUGG